AUCAUGUAUUUCCGGUCAGCUGAUGAUGCGUCAUCGUUGUUUGCAAACAGCAUUCAUGCACGCGUCGUUCACUGAUACCGUCCACCGCCGCUGUCAUGGAAGAAAACGAUGAAAGCGAAAUAAUCGAGCACCACGAUGACGAGGAAAUGGAGAAAAGAAGAAAUCACGCGCAUUCGUUUCUGGAGAGCGUGACGUCGUCGGAGAAAGACGGCCACAGUAGCACGCAGUCAUCACACCGCCUGCUCGCCUAUAGUGAUGCUCUCAUAGCCAUCAUCGCCACUGUAAUGAUUUUACCUGUGGCACAUACAAAAUUUCAAAGUAAUGAGGAACUGAAAGAGAGUAUUCAGUCUUUGCUCACUACCAAAGUUUCUGUCUACUUGAUGACCUUCUUGAUCGUCACUGUUGCUUGGGCUGCACAUGUAAGGUUGUUUCAGGUCAUUUCGCACACUGACGAUACUCUUGCACUGCUUAACCUGGCUUGUAUGAUGCUCAUAACCUUCCUGCCAUACACCUUCUCCCUUAUGGCAACUUUUCCUGGCAAUGUCGUUGGCAUGGUUUUCUUCUGUGCUUGUGUCAUCGUGAUUGGUUUAAUUCAGUCCUCGAUUGUCUUGUAUGGAUUUAGCCAUCCUUUUCUUCUGAACGACCACAUCCAGAUGUCAGAGAAUCCGGCUUAUUACAAGCAGCACAUUCUCAAAGUCAUCAUGAAGGUUCCCAUCAUGUGCAUUUUUGCCAUCAUCUUUUCAUUCAUCUUUUUCCAACUGUCAUAUGUCAUUCUGGCUAUUGUUAUAUUCCUGCCAUACAUCUCUCAGUCUUUGAAGUGGAUCCGGAAUAAAGCCAUUGGAGGUCAGGUGGAAGAUGAUGCAGAUCAUGUGCUUUUCUACACCUACCACCCCAGCGAACCCCUAAGUAAAGAACGAGUGGAGGCAUUCACUGAUGGAGUUUAUGCUAUUGUUGCCACGCUGCUCAUCUUAGACAUUUGUGAAGACAACGUGCCUAAUCCAUCUGUUGUGAAUAAGGAGUUUAACGGCAGCUUGAUUGCUGCACUUCAGGACUACGGCCCCGAGUACCUUGCCUACUUCGGUUCCUUCGCCACGGUCGGGCUGCUUUGGUUCGUUCACCACUCUCUCUUUCUGUAUGUGACAAAGGCCACGCGCCUCAUGGGCUUCUUCAACACCUUCUCACUGGCCUUUGUGGGCGGCCUGCCGCUCGCAUACCAGCUCACCAACGAGUUUCCCAGAGGCUCACGCAAUGAACUCGAGGCCGUGCAGAUCAGCUGCGUCAUCAUCUUCUUUGCUGGCCUUUUCCAGCUGGCAAUAUGGGUAGUUGCGCUUUUCAACGAGCGUGAGACGUUACACCCGUACGUGCGGUACGGGGGGCAAGAGCACACCUUCAUGCUGGCCAAGCUCUCUCUUUACCCUUGUGUGGCAUUUGGGACCUUUCUUCUCACUUGUGUGCUUAGUCAAUUCAGUGCCCCCAUCUUUCACAUAAUGGAGAUAGGCGUGCCGUUCGCCUUUCUUUUAUUAAGGCUGCUGGUACGUGUGGCCCUGACACUGCUGAAGUGGCUUUUCUGUUCAGCGAGACCUGAUGUGGACAGAAUUCUAGUAGAGGAAGAUGAUCCACAGCUCCCCAUUAAUGAUAUAGUAGCUUAGUAGCAGCAGCGAAUGGAAGGAGAGGGAUCUUAGAUCAAGUUUGUCCAUCAUUUUGAAGGUUAGGCUCGCUACCUGUCGCUACCCAACUGACAGCUGUGUACUGUAUAAGAUUGUCAUGUCCUUUAAAUUGAUCGAAUCGUUUUGUAUAAUAGACUAUGGAAAGGAUUAGGUGAGUGAGAGCUUAGGGUCUUUAUUGAUCUCAGGACAGGGGUCAUCUAGAGUGUUGAAGAGAAGCCAUUAAUCUUAUGGAAAUGCACAAAGCCAUCAAAAUGGUUUGGUUUUAGCCUCAUGCUGUUUUAAAGGUCAAGUGUGGGUUUUUUAGCAGGCGAGAUCACGAAUGGCAAUCAACAAAAGCUACGAUAGGACAAAUGUCGUUGUCUGAGAUAACGUAGGGGCGAAAGGCACUCCGUAAAACAGUUUGUCCAUUUAGGGCUACUGUAGAAACACGACAAUCGCGGGAUAUGUAGAUAAAACCAGAUAUACAUAAUAAAGGCUAGAUGUCUUACAGCGGAGUCUCUAACGUCAUCACCGGCGGCCAUCUUGUCACAGUCAAGCUUUCCGGCGGGCUCUGUGGUACCUGAUGUAAGGUGAGUGAUCUGCACGAACACAGAUAGUCUUAUCUCGUUAAAAUCUUGACGGAUUUACAAAUGGUUUGGUUUCUUACAAACGUUAUUAACUUGGCUUUAAUUCUGGACACUUGAACAUGUAUGCAGUAUCAUAAGCAGUGUUGGGGAAAGUUACUUUUAAAAGUAAUGCAUUACAAUAUUAAGUUACUUCCCAAAAAAGUAACUAAUUGCGUUACUUAGUUACUUUUCAUGGAAAGUAAUGCUUAUGUUACUUUUUCUUACUUGGCUAAGGCUUGGUCUCUUUCAGGCCUUGCAGGUGUUUUUAUGAUUGCAAAAAUAUCAAGCUCUGGCCUGCCAUCUCCGUUUCUGACUCAAACUGUUCCCGCUCAGGCACACAGAGUCCGUAAUUCUGUGUUAAUGUGGCGGUUUCCCGGACACGGAUUAGCUUAAUCCAGGACUACGCCUUAGUUUAAUUAGGAAAUAUAACUAGUUUUAACAAACAUGCCUUACUAAAAACACUACCUGUGUGCACUUUAAGGCAAAACAAAGGGCACUGGUGUAUUUAAAGAUAUGUCAGUUCAAGUUGUUUUCAGUUUGGACAGCUCUUAAAAAAUGUUUAGUCUAGGAGUAGUCUAAUCCCUGUCCGGGAAACCGCCCCAAUAUGUUCAGUUUAAUUCGGUACAUUAUUUUAUUUUUUAAUUGAAUUAAUGAAACUGAAAAGUAACUCGCAUUAAUGCGUACAUUUGUAAAGGAAUGCGUUACUUUACUCGUUACUUCAGAAAAGUAAUAUUAUUACGUAAUGCGCGUUACUUGUAAUGCGUUACCCCCAACACUGGUCAUAAGUACAUCUCUGAUGUUUAUAACAAACCAAGCCAUUUGAAAAUUGGUAGAAAAUUGAGCAAGUUAUGGUUAUUUAAAAAGUACAUGCACCAUUGAAACACAAUGUUACGAGUGAGCGAGCUGACUGUGACAAGAUGGCCGGCAGGUGCGGAUGUCGACGUCCAUUGGCCAGCAGCGCGGACGAGACCUCUAGCCUUUAUUAUGAAUAUCUAUGGAUAAAACGGCUCAUUCUAAGGUAAUACAAACAAUACAGUUCAUUAUGUAAAGGUACACCAGUGAUUAUAUACACUCUUAGAAAGGAUGUGUUAAUUUUUUACACAUUUUUUUGUGUUAAGCUUUUAACACAUCAUGUGUCAUUUUGUGUUGAUUUUGUGUUAAAAUAAAACACAAGUUGUGUUAAAAGUAACACAAAAUGUGUUGUUUCAAUAAUAACACAAAGAUGGGUGGAUUCUGGGACAACGCAUUUAGUGUGUUGUCCCAGAAUCAACACUUAUGUGCUGUUUUUAACACAUCCGUUUUAAGAGUGUAGUUAUGGAGGGUAUGCAUUGAGGUAAAUUUUCCACGUGACCACGCUGGAGCUCGCCCUGUUGAGUGGCAAAACAUUAAACAAAAUGGCUGGUUUUCAUAGCGGCUACUGCGAAAAAUGCCAGUAAAACUGACUAUUAUCAGCUUAAAUUGAAUUUAGUUGGCCUUAACAGUGACCCUAACAACUUGCCAAACAACCAGUAGUCUGUGGACAUUGGCAUAUGGCCAGACAUUGCUUUCCUGACAUAAAUGUUUGUCUUGCCUAACACUAUUAAACCAUCCCACCUUUGUUGAACACAAGGCUCAUCAUAAUGGAUGUUUUUUAAUGAAGGCUCACUUACAAAACUUUGCAAUUACACAGAAUAAGAGUAUUCAUUUAUUUGUAUUUCAUGUAUUUUUAAUAAAAUUUUUAAUAAUCUUCAAAAUUUUACAUACCUGACAUAUGGCUACUGCUACUGAUUUACUUCUCCUUUGAGUGGCAAAACAUUCAACAAAAUGGCUGGCUGUUCUAGCGGUGGCCGUAUAACUAACAAUUAUCAGCAAAAUUUUUAUUUAGUUGCACUUGAUAGUGACCCUAGCAACUUGUCAACCCACCUGUGGUCAGUAGACGUUGACAUGAACAAUCUUUUUACUUCUCCUUCCGGUGUUUUUUGGCAGUCUGUAAAAAGAUAGCUCAGAAUUCUUGUUAAAUCUGUUAGUACAGUCUAUCGCACAACAGCUUUUUUCAAUUUAGACGCAUUGCCCUGUGUUUUUGCUGAAUUCACACUGUACGCAAAUUCUGCCGCUCUGUCUUUUGCCACUCAGUGGGCGUAACCGCAGUCACUUUCGCCGAAGGUGACAUAAACGUGCAUACCCUAGUAUGUAUAUUAUAUUGCAUUUCUGUCAAGACAUCCUUUUAAAAGUUCCACAUUGCACCUUUAAUAUCAUGCUGACAGGUUAUCUUUUAGGUUUGUGUACAUAUUUUAAAGCAACACUAUGUAGUUUUUUACCUUUAAAUAAUGUCUCUAAAAUUAUUUCAGUGAUAGAACAACUUUUAACUGGACAAAUUGUACUGUUGCUGCAACCUGAGCAGCCUCCUAGCUGCUACAAGCACACUCUGAAAGUGGCGGUGGAGGGUAGGAAACACAGCUCCGCCCCUCCCCCUGCCUGCAGAAGAGUGUCUGAUACCAGGCACUGUUGCGCUUUUCAACCACAUGGGGGAGCAGUAAGUCAUUUUUACAUGGAAACUACAUAGUGUUGCUUUAAUGUGCAACUACAUUAUAUAACCUAUGAAUUUUAUUUCAUAGUUCAUAUAAACUACAGGUGUCACAGAGAGUUAGGCAUCACUUAUGAUCAUUUAUAUUUAUGUUUUUUAUUGUAUUUUUUUUUACAUUUUUUAAACUUUAAUUCUUUUUGUGAAUAGUUGGAGAAGUGUUAAAUUUUCAGCCUGUAUCUCAUUUUACAUUUGUCAAUUUUCAUUUGUCAAUAGCAGGUUCUGGUGGUAAAAAUCUGUCAUAGAGCAGCAUAGAUUCACUUUAGAUUAAUUUUAAAGUGAAUAAGCUUUAAUUUCAUGUAAUAAUAGUAAACCGCCAAUGCACCUUAUAAAAACCAUGAAGUCUUUGUUGCACUUUACAUGCUUGGAUUUAGCAUGUAGUAAUAUAACUUUGAACAUCAAGAUAAGCCAUUUUGAAUGAUCUUUUCUGCUUUAUAGUUAGGUUUUAUCUGUUAUGUUUUAUGUUUAUGUAUUUCUUUGUAUUUCAUCUAAAUGUUAUUGACAUACUGACUACAGAAUGUUCCUGUAAAGCGCAUCUGUCAAAAAAAGCAUUACUGUUUAUUAUUGCUCAGCUGACAUAUAUGACCUCCAGUAUGCUUUGGUCUUGAAUGGCAUUAUCACUGUGUCUGUUCAUAAAUGGCAUUAUCACUGUGUCUAUUCAUAUGUUGAAACAUAAAAGACUGAACAUUUAAGAAUAAACUCAAAAUUGUUGCUUGCA